AUGCAAGCGGCGCCGGCGCGCUACGUGUCGUCGAGCGAACUGUACUCGGCCGACGAAGUGGAGCUGCUGCUGGAGGAGAUCCGCGAGCUGGAGCCAACGAGCUGCCGCGGCGAGGAGGUGCAGGACUUCGAGAUCGCGGGCAGCGGGUGCGCGGGCGCGGGCGCCGGCGGGCGCUCGCCGGCCGGCACCGAGCUCACGGCGCGGUCGUGGGCCUCGCACGCGCCCUCCUCGCGCCUGCCUCCGCCGCGCCCGCGCCCGCUCGCGCCCGUCUACUGCCGCCUGCGCCACCUUCGCUCACCCGAGGGCGCCAUCACGCUGCUUGUUGUGGUGAGCCCGCCUCUCAUUCUGUCCCAUAGUGAUACAAAACAAGUCUUGUGUCAAAGUAAUAGUUGGUCAUAG